AUGAUUCUUCCAGAAGUCAAGCGCAUCGCCAAGACAUGGGAUACCAUCGGGGCUAAACAUGAGGAGCGACAGGCGCGAUAUCAGCCUCGACACAAGGAAGCGGGCGCGUUGAAUGAACCCUCAUCCUCAUCGUCGUUAGGGCGUGUCACCGAUACAGACUCCUCGCUGGAUGGUUGUAUAAUAAAAGGGGACUCAUCUAGAGGCAGUGCCGUCAUCUAUACUCCCGUACUCGGGCAAUCACAACUAGUACCGCCGCCGCCGAGCAAGCUCAUUUGCAUCGGCCGCAGCUACGACUACAACUUCCCGGAUGCCAAGCGGCCUAAGGCGCGCCCUGAGCCGCUGCUGUUCCUCAUGCCUCCAACCUCUGCGAUAGUAAACGGUGGGAAAGCAUUACUCCCGUCGUGUCCGCGCGACCCGGACAAAAUUUGUAUGGGAUGGUAUGAGGUCGAGCUGUGUGCUGUCAUUGGAAAGCAGACAAAAGAUGUUACUGUUUCACAAGCGAGUGAUUGCAUAGCGGGAUACGUGCUUGGAAUUGAACUUGCCCUAAAAGAAGUAUUGGAUGAUGCCAAGCAACGAGGGCUACCAUGGACCACCUCGAAAGCGAUUGACGGCUUCGCGCCGCUCAGCGGAUUUGUGCCGCUGGAUGACGUUCCGGACCCGGCAAAUGUGGAGCUCAGCCUAAAGCUGAACGACAAGACAGUCAUAAGUGGCAACACAUCGUCUAUGGUGUACAGCAUCGCCGAGCUCGUAGCAUAUGCAUCUAGCAUUAUGACGCUCGUACCCGGUGAUAUCAUCAUGACUGGCUCUCCCGCCAGCCCUGGGCCAUUUUACGUCGGCGACACGCUCUGUGCGACGAUGCGGACACAGCGAAUAGACAGAAGCAUUCAGGAUCAGGAUCGGUACGAGGGCCAAGGAAAGACGCAAAGCUCAGAUGACGAACGCAAACAUGUGGAAGAGUGGAAGCAGGUCGCGAGUGUUCAGGUAAAAGUAGGGGCAAAAGCACCGCGGCAAGCACAGCUUGUGUCAAAUACGGAAGAUGGGAAGCACAAUGUGGAGUUGUGGCUACAGCGCAUAUCGUGA